AUGUGUGAGUUGUGGUCAUGGCUCGGCAAGAUAGCUUCUCUUCAGCCAGACGCGAGUGCCAGGCCUAGUCAAGUGCCACUACUUGGCCGACUGGUUGAGGCCAGCGUCCAGGCGGCCCGUCACGGCACCGGUCUACACAGACCGGCCCGGUUUGUGGAGCCGCCGGAGGCCGCCAGGCCCCGUUCUCGAGCCUGCCUCAAUGAGCCCAGCCUAAGCACUGCAAACAGCCAGUCGUGA